GACAUUUUAUUGUGUUAAGAUUCUGUAAAAUACUUGGGAUACUUUCAUCUUUAAAAGAGAAAAUCGAAAAUGAAGUGAAAUUGUCGAGUUUUUUUUAAUAUAGUGAGCUGAUAUAAAAAUAGUGGAGGCAACACAAUCUCAGUCAUGUUAAGGAUUCGUCUUAAAAUGGGUCCUUCAUUGAGAAACAAAGAAUGGACAUGUUGCUUUGGUCUUCAUGUUCGUACAGCAACAAUUAUUAUUGGCGUCUGGCAUUUGUUUUUGAACGUGCUGGCUUUGGCUAUACUUUCUGUAAUAAUCAGAACCAAUAACUAUCAUCUAUUAUUGGAAAAUUUUGAAGAUGAUGGGAACGAAUCUGAAUCACUUGCCCCGAUAUUACCUACCCCAUUGAGUAAAGUAGACCCUCCAUAUGCAUAUCGGGAUCAUUUUCAGCAAACAGGGUUACGCAAUGAUGAUGUUGAUAUGAGCGGUUUAGUCUUUCUUUGUAUGAUCGCAGUUACGCUGAUGCUUAUUUAUGGAGCAGUGAAGGGAAAGCCAUCUCACCUAUUACCAUUCUUCUGUUUGCAAAUAUUUGAUUUCGCAAUUGCUACUCUUACAGCGGCAGGCCAUUUAUGUUAUAUAAGAUCAAUGCACCUUUGGAUAACAGAAAGUCAGAAUCGGCUUCCAUGGCGAGAAGAGCUAAUCAAAUUAAGUCCCAAAACUUUGUCAGUACUCGUGUUAGUGGGAUUCAUUUUUUUCAUUUUGCUCAAAGCCUAUUCAAUUGGCAUUGUUUGGCGCUGCUAUAAAUGCUUGACUAUAAAGCAACACAAUCUUCGCUCAAUGCUGCCGUAUAUUAUUCCAGACACCCCUGAUAUAGCAAAUAGUUGUCAGGAAAGAGACAAUAAUUCUCUCUUGCCGGGUUAUGAAGAAGCUAUAGCGGGUUUGAAGCAAUCGCCUCCACCGUCAUACGUGGUCGCAAUGGCUAUGAAUAGCAAAAAUAUUUCAGAAACAGUCAAUACGGAACCAUCGACCAGAAUUGGUGACAAUCAUACUAUCUGUUCAGAGCCACCACCAUAUAAUUCUAUUGAAAUCGUUUCAUCGCAAUCUGGUGCUGAAAUUUCAAAUAAUAAUAUUCAUUCAGUGGUAACAUUUGAACCAGCAACAAAUAGUGAAACGAAUAAUGUUUUGACUAAUAAUGAUAGCGCAUAAACUCUAAACUUGAAUUGCAUCUUCUGUACAGUUGAUCUUCGUGAAAUUUAUCGCUUAAAAAUCUGUAUUUUGAAUGUCCAAUAUUCGCUUCGGUAUAAGGAUACCGGGUUAAAUAUAGCUUACUUAGAUGUACAACGAUUGUAUUUUUAACACAUAACUCAAGUUAGCUAAAAAUUGAAUUCGUUUUGUAUUGUGAAACCCCAGCAAGAGAAUCUACAUGUAACCAUAUACCACCCAUUCGACCCACCAGUAAGUAAACAAUAAGGCAAAACAUUCAAUUACCGUGGACCCCCGUUCGUUUGACCGUUUUUAAUCUGAACACUUUAAUUUGAACCCCGUUGGUUUGCACGAUGUGCAAAUUAAAAAUGGUUCAAAUGUCAUUCUCAAUAUGACAUCAUUUGCUUAUGCAGACAAUGUACAUAGACACGAUUUGUUUGUACUGAUCUAGCGUGUUUAAUCUGUUUCACAAUGCGUUUUCCCAACGAUUAUGGUAGAAAUCUGAUCGGAGAAUGAAAUAUUCGCUGCUUGCAACUACCAACUGAAUCAAACCACCAAAACAAUAACAAAGAACAGGGCAGCCAGUUCACACAAGCUCCAGCAUAUUUAGGGUUACCAGUUGUUCAAAUUAAAAGCUAACCCCGAUAGUUUGCAUGAGGAAUCGUUCAAACGAACGGGGGUCCACUGUAUUAUAUUAUUGUUUCAUUCCGGCUGUGUUCGCUUUCGCUCACGAUUGUUGGCUCCGCCAGAUUUAUCUUCGUCAGUCUGUAUAUGGGUCAUUCCACGCGAAGUGUCCGAGCCCCGUGUAAUCGACCUUCACGAAUUUGAACCAAAUUUCCCCAGAUUGUUCGUUUUCGGUCAGAAAGCAAAAAUCGAAAAUUUGGUGCCGAUCGGAUAUUCCCUCGAUUAAUGGGAGCACCCUAUUUUUAAGGAAAAUACCCUUUUUUGUCAAAACCUCUUUUUUUCUUUUGCUUAUAUAUGGGUAUAGAAAGAAACUAUUUUCACAUUUUCAAAGGAAAUCAUCCAAGGAAUUCGAAAAAGAACUGUUUAGAAAAACCUUGUUACCUUGCUUUUCCGAUAUGCUAAAGUAUUUUUACAUUGCGUAGAGAAUUACUGCUUCAAAAAAAGUUGUUUUGCUCUUAGUUUUACAUUAAAAAUGGGGAAUUGCUUGCUUUAAAAUGCUGUAUCUCGGGAUCGGCAAAGAAUACCGCGGGGCAAUGAGUGAUUCGUAUGUAAAAAAUCUGCGGAACACGAUGAAGUUGAAAUUUUUGAGAUAAAAUUGUCUUCAUUAAGAGAAAAAUGUAAAUUUAGUUUUCAAAUUAAGUUUAAAAAUGUUUGGCAGCCCGUGUGCUCAAAAAUAAUAUCUCUUUCAAAUUCCUUGGACGAUUUCCUUUGAAAAUGUGAAAAUAGUGUCUUUCUAAACUUAAUUUUCCUGGAGAUAUAAGCAAAAGAAAAAAAGAGGUUUUGACAAAAUCGGGUAUUUUCUUUAAAAAUGGAGGCGCUCCCAUUAAUCGAGGGAAUGGUCGAUCCGUACUAAAUUUUGGAUUUUUACUUUCUGACCGAACACGUUUGAACUUUUUCUCGGUCACUUGGCAUGGGAUGACCCAUAUAUAUACUUAUGCCGUGUAUAGGGCCAACGCAUCUCUAGCAUAUUUUUAGUAAUGACUUUGUGCGAAUCAUGCAAAGGCGUUUAAAAAGGGUAUAUAGGGAUAUUAUUGCUUUGUCGUAUAAAAUUAUGAUAAAUCAUACGAACGACAAACUAUAUUAAAUACACUCAAGUCACUUUUUACGCGAAGCAUACGUUCUGCGUAAAUCAAAAUAACGUAAAUUCCAAAAUUCGCAAAUUCAUUUCAUGUUCAAUUUCGUUACUUAUAAUCAAAUUAUUAUUAUUAUAUUUAUUUACUUUGCCUGAUUGGUUCCAGUGAUGACGACAAAAUUUGACGUUUUACUCGUCAAAAACUAAAAGCGAUUAUUUUCAUGACUGUGAGACACGAUUGUUUCGAACUAUAGUUUCCAUUAAGGCAAUAGAUAAAAAGCAAAGCAAAUCCUGGGUGCUACAUUGCUCCAAGUAUUGUUCUGCAAAAACCACGCCUACAGAUUUGAAUAGUCGUUCGUCGAACGGAACUAAUAACAACAAGCAAGGUUGCAGCGCUCAUAAAACCGUAUUGCUUUAUAGAAGUAAAAUCUGUAAAUGUCGUGUAUAUAACUUUUGUAAAGCAGAGUGUAAUCUAUUAUCUC